GGGAGAGAGAGGGAGGAGAGACGAAGAACAAACAAAAGGGCCUUUGGUCAUCUCUUCCCUUUCUUCUUCUCUUUCUCCUCCAUUCCUCUAUCGUUCGAAACUUUCUCUCUCUCUACAAUCUCAGCUUCACUCACACACUAUCCCUGUGAGUGUUUCUCUCUCUAGGUUUUACUCUGUUUUUUGUUCUGUAUUAAGAAACUUACUUCUUGGAUUUCGGCCAUUCUUUGACGAGCCUUCAACUGUGAAAUCGCGUGGUUUCGGCAAAUUUGAAUCAUAUUUGGGCAUUUGGAUCUGAAACCAUAUCUAUUUAAGCUGAUUUCUGGAAUUUCAGUGAUUAUUUUGGGAGCAAUCAGUGGAUUGAAUAUUUCUUAGUAUUUAAUAUUUUGAAAUAAAAUUCGAAUUUGGAGAUUUUAUUUUUUAAAAUUCGAAUUUGAAUUUUAUGGGGGAAGGUGAGGAAGGCGAUUUGCCACCAAAGAAAAUACAAUCGGAUGGUGCGGGAGGGAGCAGUAUAGCGUUAUCUGAUGCUCCGACGAAGAAACUGGCGAGGCAACUCGAUUUCACGGGUUAUGGUGGGGCCCCGGGUAGUGUGGUUUUACCGGAGCAUCAUCAGUCGCAACUGGUAUUGCCACCGCAGCCAGUGACGGUGACGCAGCCACUGCCGCAGCCAGUGGUGCAGAGUCAGCCGCAGCCGCCGGUAGUGACUGGGCCAGUGAUGCCUCAACCAUCGGUUCCUUCAGCGAGGAUAGUAAAGCCAGAUUCCCCGAAAUCGAGAUCAAGACCCAAUGAAGUGAAAGACGGUACACCUAAGAAGCAAAAACAGUGCAAUUGUAGACACUCACGGUGCUUGAAGUUGUAUUGCGAGUGUUUUGCAUCUGGAAUAUACUGUGAUGGUUGCAAUUGUGUAAAUUGCUAUAAUAAUGUUGAAAAUGAAGCUGCAAGACGAGAAGCAGUGGAAGCUACUUUAGAGCGUAACCCGAAUGCAUUCCGGCCAAAAAUUGCCAGCAGCCCACAUGGUGUGAGGGACAAUAGGGAGGAUGCUGGGGAGAUUAUGAUUCUGGGAAAGCACAAUAAAGGAUGUCAUUGUAAGAAAUCAGGAUGCCUCAAGAAAUACUGUGAAUGUUUCCAAGCAAACAUUCUCUGCUCUGAAAAUUGUAAAUGUAUGGACUGUAAAAAUUUUGAAGGAAGUGAAGAGAGACAAGCACUAUUUCACGGAGACCAUGGCAGCAACAUGGCUUAUAUUCAACAGGCAGCUAAUGCUGCCAUAACCGGAGCCAUUGGAUCCUCUGGCUAUACAUCCCCUCCAGUAUCCAAAAAAAGAAAAGGUCAAGAACUUUUCUUUGGCCCAACAGUCACACCGAAGGAUACAUCUGUUAACAGGAUUGGGCAAUUUCAACAGGUAAAUCAUCAUAGAGCACCUGUACCCCCUUCCUUGCCUUCAGUUCCUGCUGCUCGACUUGGUAGUGCCACAGGGGUGGGCCCUUCCAAAUUUACAUACAGGUCUCUAUUAGCAGACAUCAUCCAACCCCAGGACUUAAAAGAGCUUUGCUCAGUCUUGGUUGUCGUAUCUGGAGAAGCUGCCAAAACACUUGCAGAACAAAGAAGUGCAACAGAGAAGCGUACCGAAGAUCAGUCAGAAACUUCCCUUGCUUCAACGACUCAAGACAGGUUGCAGAAUCAGAAGGAAUCUGAUCUUGAGAAAUCUGUUGAUGAUUGCUCUAGUGCAAAUCAGGCUGAUAAAACUGGAGCUGACGACUCUAGUUCAGAUGGUGCUGAUUUGCCAAAAGGGAGGCCAAUGUCUCCGGACACUUUGGCACUGAUGUGUGAUGAACAAGAUACAAUGUUUAUGGCACCAGCUUCCCCCAGUGGGACAGGUCAUGGAUGCAACAUUUCUUCUCAGUUGCCCUAUGAACAAGGCAUGCCCGAGCUUUAUGCAGAGCAAGAAAGACUUGUUUUGUCGAGGUUUCGUGAUUGCCUUAAAAUGGUAAUUGCUUUAGGAGAAAUAAAAGAGACAAAGUAUUCAUCACUGGCCCAGAGUGAACCAGAGUCUCAUAAAGACACUUUAACCAAUAUUGGCAUUACAAAUCACAAAACAGAAAUAAGCUACCACUCGGGACCUGCUAAAAAUGGUGUUUUGAAAACCAUUGUUCCACCUACUGCCAAAACAACACAAACGAUUUCAACGGCAGUUGCAGCUGUUAGUAAUGAACUUCCUAAGAUUCCACAAUUUCCAGAAAACGGGGGGAUAGCAAACCCGAAAAUUGAGAAAGAGAUGUAAAAAAGUUUAGAGCAGAAGAUUUGGCCCUAGGUAUGUUGCUGCAUUUAUGUUGUGAAUUUAUGAAUGCUUUUCUUUCAUGACCAGAUGCAGUGGCAAGAGAUUAUUGAUCCCCAUUAUUAGAAAUAUCUAUUCUUUUUUCUUCAUACUCCAUUAAUAUAAUCCCUAAAUUAGUUUCUCAACUGUCAACCAUAGUUGGAGCACGAAUUAUUGUAAAAUGCAGAGCCUAUGUUACUGCGUUUAUGUUGUGAUCCAUGAAUGUAUUUCUUUCAUGACCAGAUGCAGUGACAAGAGAUUAUUAGAAAUAUCUAUUCUUUUUUCUUCUUACUCACAUUAAUAUAAUAAUCUUAAAUUAGUUUCUCGACUA